GGGCGUCCCCGAGAUGGCGGAAUCCGAGCCCCGCGCGUCUGGGCGCAAAGCCACGGUGCCGGCGUCGGAGGAGCGUCCGGCCCGCGGACGACCCAAGCGCAAGCGUGCCCCCAGUGAAACCCCCGGGGAGGCCGAGUCCCUGCCCCCGCUGCCUCCGCCACAAGCAGCCCCCGAGGCCAGCCCGCUGGGUCGUCCGGAUGCCAGCCAGUCGAGCCCUUACGUGCUGUGUCCGCGCAAUUUCCCGCGCACCGGGGCCCCGAUCAUGAACGACGUGACCAUGCACAAGCACGCCUCCAUCUUCACCAAGCCCCUGACGGAGCGCGACGCCCCAGGCUAUCGGGAUCUGAUCUACCGGCCGCAAGACCUGAAAUCCAUCAAGUCGUGCAUUCACCAGGGCACGCGAGCAGUCACAGCGGCAGCAGAAGCAGCCAACACGCCCAUGGCAGACGGCGAGUCGCCCGCACCGGGGGGGACACCGUCCAAGAACGCCGUCCUCCUGCUCCCGCGAAGCGAGGAAGUGAUCCCACCGCGCGGCAUCGUCAACUCCGCACAGCUAGAGAAGGAAUUAAUCCGCAUGUUCGCCAACGCCGUCAUGUUCAAUCCGGUUCCACAGCGCGGAUUCGGGCCGGCGUUCCCGCUCACAGCGGACGGGGCGUCCCGCGAGAGUACCCUGGUGCCGGAGCCCGACGAGGGCGGCAUCAUCAAGGACACGCUGGAGAUGUUCGAGGACGUCGAGCAGGCGGUUACGCGGUGGCGCGCGGCUGAACGCACGGCGGAUGAGCUCGCCAGUAAGAGCGUGCUGGCUUUGCGGCGGAGUAGCGCUAGCGAUAUGAAUACCGAUAGUGCGGAUGAGGUUAAGGGGGAGAAGUGAGGUGGGUUUUAA